AUGGCCGACCCAAUUCCACAUACAACGCUUGGAGCCACACGCAGCAGCAUCACUGGCCGAGGGAGCCUACUGACACCACCGCCAACACCGACACCAUCCACGACGACAGCCAUCAGCGCCGAUUCGAAUGUUGGCUACAGGAUCCGCGUUCUGAUACACGACAUGGUGCACUAUUCCACGGAUGCUGCGGCGAAGGAACGUCUUGACGAAGUCCUCCACCCUACCUACAUCAGUGCUCCGUACUUCAGGGAGGUGAAGGCGCAGUGGAUCCGACGUGCCACUAUCGAUGCCACGUUUGAGUGGCAUCGGGCGUCCAGCUCCUCAUCUCGCCCACCCCCCCUGGAUAUCAAUUGGAUGCUGGCGGAGGUCAAGCUGAACCUGGAGGGCAUGGCCUUUGAGGAUGCCGUGCACAGAGCUUUGCACGCGUGCGGUUUUGUGGACAGGUGCAAGACGAGCGGCGACUUCCGACCCUGCGCGCAGAAUCUUCUUGCGCCUUUGUACGCUAGCUUGUUUGGCAUCAAGCUCGAGGAACUGAAGGAUGAGCACUUUUUGACUCGUCUGCGAAAGUGCGGGAAGGACGGUGCCUCUAAGUCCGCCGUCAAGAGGACUGUCCGUCAGUCCCAGAGGACGGGAAACGCGUCUGGAAGCGACAACGACGACGAUACACCAUACGCGCCUUCAGCACCUGACGAUGACUUCCCCGACGAACUACCCAACAAACGGCGCAAAACGGUCAGCAGCACGAAAGAAGAGGCCGCUCGCCUUCACAAGAAACUGUUCAGCGUGACGGCCACACAGGAACCAUCAGAACCAACAUGUUUGAUGCCUAAUCGCGAGCACAACACCGUCUACCACAGAUCCCUUCUCCUCGAUGGCUCAAUUGCCAAGGCAGGCCAGAAUGCGCUUCUGGAUUGGUUCGACAGCAUUAGCACUGCUCGUGCCAUGCCAUGGCGCAUGACAUGGCUCGACCCAAGCACGAUAUCCGACGAGGACGAGCUCCGAAAGCAACUCGAGCGUCGAGCAUAUCAAGUGUGGAUCAGCGAGAUUAUGCUCCAGCAGACACGCGUGGCGGUCGUCAUUGACUACUGGAACCGAUGGAUGGAAAAGUGGCCUACAAUCCAGGAUCUCGCCGCAGCCGACGCGGACGACGUGCUGGCCGCAUGGAGGGGUCUGGGCUAUUACAGUCGGGCCACGAGGAUCCACGAGGCGGCAAAGCAUGUCGUAAGCCACAAGGAAUUCAGAGGUCUCCUGCCUGCUGAUGCGAAGAAAUUGGAAGCGGAAGUGCCGGGUGUGGGACGGUACACUGCGGGUGCCAUUACCUGCAUCGUCUUUGGUAUCCCCGAGCCAAUGGUCGAUGGCAAUGUGCUGCGCGUACUGAGUCGCCAACUGGGUAUUCUUGGAAAUGUGAAGACGGACAAGCGCGUUAUUGACACCCUCUGGGCUGCCGCAGACGCUCUCGUCAAGAACGUGGCUCAGGGCGAUGGUACGGUCAACGACCCCAGCACGAUUCCGAGGAGCGACAAGCCCGGGCGGUGGGGUCAGGCUCUGAUGGAGCUGGGAAGCACGAUAUGCGCUCCAAAGCCCAACUGCGCAGCGUGCCCUAUAACUUCCACGUGUCGGGCGUAUCUCGAGGGUCGGGAGCUUGCUGAUCGCAAGGACAGCAAGGCAUCGCCGGUAGCAACUCCCGACAUUGAGGAUGCCUGUACCCUCUGCGAACCCUUUGAGAACGCGCAGGACGAAUCAGACGCGACUGAAAGAACACCCGUCGUUGCAGGCAAGCCGAGCAAGAAGCAGGCCACUUUGUCGUCUUUUUUCAGCAAGCCCUCGACCAAAGAAGCGCCAGCCAAGGCGGCCGGAGCAGCAAAGACCAAAGCUGCGGAGCUGGAGACAAUUGUGAACCACGCCAGGAAGUUCCCGCUCAAGGUUGUAAAGAAGGCGGUUCGCGAGGAGGAGACGCUCGUCUGCGCGAUUCAGACACGCGACAGUAGUUUCCUCAUCCAUCGGCGUCCCGAGAAAGGACUCUUGGCCGGACUGUGGGAGUUUCCCUCCAAAAUCCUGGACGCGGGCGAGGGUUCGACCUCGAAGCAGCGCAAGGCCCUUGCGCAGAACCAUGUGUCUUUACUUCUGGGUACGAACGAUAGCAAGCUCAAACAUGUCGGCGAGCUAGGCAGCGUACCCUGGCUGUUUUCGCAUCUCAAGCUCACAAUGCAUGUGCAUCUGUUCAAGGUCGACACAGACGAGGUGGCAGCCACAGGCGACGAGAACAAACAGCCCAGUCGGUGGAGCGACAAUGUCGAGAAUGAGUCAAUGGGGACUGGGAUGAGGAAGUGCUGGGCUUUGGUGCGGGAUCACUGUACUCUUGUUGAUUCAUAG